UACAAAAAUAACAUCUCAUCCAUCUCUCUCUUUCAACUACUGAAAUUUUAGUUUCUGAAGCAAACACAAAUUAAGUAACAAACAAACAAACAUAAUUAUAUAAACCAAUCUUUUUCUUAUCUAUAAAAAUAAAUUAAUAUAUCCUCUCUCUUUUUCGUAGUCUCGUAUUAUUUUCGUUCUCGUUUUUGUUCUUGAAGUUGUAUUAUUAUCUUUAAAGAAAAAAAAUGGCAUGUAUGGUGUCUCGUUCAGGAAGGGAAUUGCAACGAUAUGAUACGCAAGGCCGCCGCCAAGUCGUAGGGUGCGUUCCUUAUAGAUACAAGAAUUGCAGUCAUGAUGAAUUAGAGAUUCUUCUGAUCUCUUCUCAAAAAGGUGGUCAAGGAAUGAUGUUUCCUAAGGGUGGUUGGGAGCUUGAUGAAUCCGUUGAAGAGGCAGCUUCCCGGGAAUCUCUUGAAGAGGCUGGGGUGCUUGGCAAUGUUCAGGAUGAACUAGGAAAAUGGAACUUUUUGAGCAAAAGACAUGGAACAUUUUAUGAAGGGUAUAUGUUCCCUCUACUUGUGACGGAGCAACUCGAUUUCUGGCCGGAAAGCCACGUCCGCCAAAGAAUUUGGCUGCCUGUGGCUGAAGCAAGAGAUGCUUGUAGACAUUGGUGGAUGAAAGAAGCAUUGGACAUACUAGUUAGGAGGCUAACAUUUUUACAACAAGAAAAGGAUGAAAAUGUAAAUCCAUGCGCUCAAUGCUAGCUAUAUGAACAACAACUUAACUUUGUAUAGUUUGCUCACAAUGCUUUGGAUGAGUUUUCAAUUGUAAAUUUAGAGCAAUAAAGAUUUAGUUCACCCCUCAAA